AUGGAUGUCUCUCUUUGCCCAGCCAAGUGUAGUUUCUGGCGGAUUUUCUUGCUGGGAAGCGUCUGGCUGGACUAUGUGGGCUCCGUGCUGGCUUGCCCUGCAAAUUGUGUCUGCAGCAAGACCGAGAUCAAUUGCCGGCGGCCGGACGAUGGGAACCUCUUCCCCCUCCUGGAAGGGCAGGAUUCAGGGAACAGCAAUGGGAACGCCAGCAUCAACAUCACGGACAUCUCAAGGAAUAUCACUUCCAUACACAUAGAGAACUGGCGCAGUCUGCACACGCUCAGCGCCGUGGACAUGGAGCUCUACACUGGACUCCAAAAGCUGACCAUCAAGAACUCAGGACUUCGGAGCAUCCAGCCCAGAGCCUUUGCCAAGAACCCCCAUUUGCGCUAUAUAAACCUUUCGAGUAACCGGCUCACCACCCUGUCCUGGCAGCUCUUCCAGACGCUGAGUCUUCGGGAAUUGAGAUUGGAGCAGAACUUCUUCAACUGCAGCUGUGACAUCCGCUGGAUGCAGCUGUGGCAGGAGCAGGGGGAGGCCAGGCUCAACAGCCAGAGCCUCUACUGCAUCAACGCUGACGGCUCUCAGCUGCCCCUCUUCCGCAUGAACAUCAGCCAGUGUGACCUUCCUGAGAUCAGUGUCAGCCAUGUCAACCUGACUGUACGAGAGGGUGACAAUGCCGUCAUCACUUGCAAUGGCUCUGGGUCACCUCUGCCUGAUGUGGACUGGAUAGUUACCGGGCUGCAGUCCAUCAACACCCACCAGACAAAUCUGAACUGGACCAACGUGCACGCCAUCAACCUGACGCUGGUCAAUGUCACAAGUGAGGACAACGGCUUCACCCUGACUUGCAUCGCAGAGAACGUGGUGGGCAUGAGCAAUGCCAGCGUUGCCCUUACUGUCUACUAUCCCCCGCGUGUGGUGAGCCUGGAGGAGCCUGAGCUGCGCCUGGAACAUUGCAUUGAGUUUGUGGUGCGCGGCAACCCCCCACCGACGCUGCACUGGCUGCACAAUGGGCAGCCCCUGCGAGAGUCCAAGAUCAUCCAUGUAGAGUACUACCAGGAGGGAGAGGUCUCCGAGGGCUGCCUGCUCUUCAACAAGCCCACCCACUACAACAACGGCAACUAUACCCUCAUCGCCAAAAACCCACUGGGCACAGCCAACCAGACCAUCAACGGCCACUUCCUCAAGGAGCCCUUUCCAGAGAGCACGGACAACUUUGUACCUUUUGUUGAAGUGAGCCCCACGCCUCCUAUCACUGUGACCCACAAACCAGAAGAAGACACUUUUGGGGUAUCCAUAGCAGUUGGACUUGCUGCCUUUGCCUGCGUCCUGUUGGUGGUUCUCUUCAUCAUGAUCAACAAGUAUGGUCGACGAUCCAAAUUUGGGAUGAAAGGUCCCGUGGCUGUCAUCAGUGGCGAGGAGGACUCUGCCAGCCCGCUGCACCACAUCAACCAUGGCAUCACCACACCCUCAUCGCUGGAUGCCGGGCCUGACACGGUGGUCAUCGGUAUGACGCGCAUCCCGGUCAUUGAGAACCCCCAGUACUUCCGUCAGGGACACAACUGCCACAAGCCAGACACAUAUGUGCAGCACAUUAAGAGAAGGGACAUCGUGCUGAAGCGAGAACUGGGCGAGGGAGCCUUUGGGAAGGUCUUCCUGGCUGAGUGCUACAACCUCAGCCCCACCAAGGACAAGAUGCUCGUGGCGGUGAAGGCCCUGAAGGACCCCACCCUGGCCGCCAGGAAGGACUUCCAGCGGGAGGCCGAGCUGCUCACCAACCUGCAGCAUGAGCACAUUGUCAAGUUCUAUGGCGUGUGCGGCGACGGAGACCCCCUCAUCAUGGUCUUUGAGUACAUGAAGCAUGGAGACCUGAACAAGUUUCUCAGGGCCCACGGGCCGGAUGCCAUGAUCCUCGUGGACGGGCAGCCACGCCAGGCAAAGGGGGAGCUGGGACUCUCCCAAAUGCUGCACAUCGCCAGCCAGAUCGCCUCGGGCAUGGUGUACCUGGCCUCCCAGCACUUCGUGCACCGGGACCUGGCCACCAGGAACUGCCUGGUUGGGGCCAACCUGCUGGUGAAGAUCGGAGACUUUGGCAUGUCAAGAGAUGUCUACAGCACCGAUUACUACAGGCUCUUUAAUCCAUCUGGAAAUGAUUUUUGUAUAUGGUGUGAGGUAGGAGGACACACCAUGCUCCCCAUUCGUUGGAUGCCCCCUGAGAGCAUCAUGUACCGGAAGUUCACUACGGAAAGCGACGUGUGGAGCUUCGGGGUGAUCCUCUGGGAGAUCUUCACCUAUGGAAAGCAGCCGUGGUUCCAGCUCUCAAACACAGAGGUCAUCGAGUGCAUUACUCAAGGUCGUGUUUUGGAGCGGCCCCGAGUCUGCCCCAAGGAAGUCUAUGAUGUCAUGCUGGGGUGCUGGCAGAGGGAACCGCAGCAGCGGCUGAACAUCAAGGAGAUCUACAAAAUCCUCCAUGCUUUGGGGAAGGCCACCCCAAUCUACCUGGACAUCCUAGGCUAG